ACUGGUGUGUGUGUGUGCAUUGCAAAAAGAGGUUACUGGAAGCAUAUUGGUGAUGAAUUCACACAACAGUGCGCUACAGCUGGGAGAAACUGCGCCGCCAGGUUUGAAAACAUCAGCUGUCGUUUACCUGAGCCAGGUAGCCCUGCCCAGCAUUUCUCCACAUAGCCGUGCUUAUUACGAGUGGCAGGGCGUGCUAGCAGUGUGGUGAACGUGAAGCGGUGCCUCUGUCGAUGUGCUGGCUGUGAAAACACAGGUCCGUCUCAUUCCGGUGACAACAUCAGAUAGCAAACCCAAACCGACGAAUCCAAAAACUGGAUUGCUAAAAAGAUAACUUAACAAAAAAAAAAAAAAAAAACUUUCCCCGUACACAUUUCUUUUCAGAAAGCGAAAGCCAGCCGCUUAGAGGAAGUCACGGAGAACACAUUUAUUUCUGCCUAAAGGUUUGUGUGCAGUCUGUCGGCGAGCUGUUCGUCUGCUCUGCGAAAUAGCUAAAUCUGACACACCGAAGGAGAUGGAGUCACUCUGCUGAGGAAAAGGAGUCGGGCAGGGAAAAUAAAGCACAAGAAACUCGCCUCAUGCCUGUCUGGCGGCCGGUAUAAGAUCACGAUGGAUGAGGAUAAGGGAAACGGAGGCGGACUUGUUUCUAAAGCGCUCGCUCGGGUUCAGAAAGCGGCUGCACAGAGUGAAAGUGGCAAGCUUAGCGGAGAGGCUCCGACUGAGGGCAAAGCGAAAGGAAAGGGUCCCGCGCGGGCUGCACCAGAGCACUCCGGGGCCCAGGCGAGUGACGAGGAGGGGGGGGGGAAGAGCGGCUCCAAGAGGCUGAGCAAGUUCUUCUCAUCGUUUCGCUCCAAGCUGUCCGGAGAGAAAGGCAGUAAGGAGCAUCCGGUGCUGGAAGUGGCCAGCGAGUCAAAGCCUGCGGAGAUGGAGCAGAGAGAGACUCGCUACUCCAGCGGGCAGUUCUUCUUUGAGUACCUCGUGGUCGUCACGGUGAAGAAGAAGGGAGAGAGCUACGAGCCACAGAUCACAUACCAGUUCCCAAAGCGGGACGGGAUGGCACGCUUCCAGAAAGAGGAAGAGGAGAAGACCCUGACGGCCAUCACGCUGUUCUGCUUCCCAGAGGGAAUCAACUGGGCCCCGCUCACCGAAUACCGGAGUGAAACCUUCUCCUUUGUGUUGACUGAAACUGAUGGCAGCCGGAGGAACGGGUACUGCAGAAGAUUGCUGCCUCACGGGAAAGGAGCCCGCCCUCCUGAAGCGUACUGCAUCAUCAGCAAGCUUGCCUGCUUCGGCCUCUUCUCAAAGAUCUUCGAUGAGGUGGAGAAGCGUCGUCAGAUUGCGCCGGCAAUGAUCUACCCGUUCAUGCAGAGCCUGAGAGAGUCUCCAUUCCCCGCGCCGGGACACACCGUGAAAGUCAAGAGCUUCAUCCCUGACUCCGGCACAGAGAUCAUCGAGCUGACCCGGCCGCUGGACUCCCUGCUGGAGCACGUGGAUUUCAGAACGCUCUUCAAGUGCCUGAAGGAUGAGGAGGUCCUGCAGGUCUUCGCCUCCACGGUGCUGGAGCGCAGGAUCAUCUUCGUGGCAGACGAGCUCGGCACCCUGUCUCAGUGCAUCCACGCUGUGGCCGCGCUGCUCACCCCCUUCAUCUGGCAGCACACCUUCAUCUCCAUCGUGCCCAAGAUCCUGAUAGACGUGGUCAUGGCACCCACCCCCUAUCUCCUGGGGGUGCAGAAGCAGCUGCUGGAGGAGGUGAUGGACAACAGCGACGUAUUAAUAGUGGAUUUGUCUGAAGGAUCUAACAAGACAUUCAUUCAGAAACGGGGCGAUGAGAAAAGCAUCCUGCCUGCAAAGCUGCAAAGUGAGAUCCUGCAGGCGCUGAGUGGCAGGAAAGAGAAUUCCACACCCGAGGAGCUCAAUAAGAUUGUGUCUGCUGCGUUUGUCCCGUUCUUCGUGAAGACGGUGGGUCACUUCUCCUCCUAUGUCAAGAGGAACGGCAAAGGAGGGCGGGGCGAGUUCCAGAAGAAAAGCUUCUGCAAGGCGGUGGAGUCCAAGACGAUCCGCAAGUUUGUGAAGAGGUUCAUCCAGACCCAGAUGUUUGAUUUAUUUAUUCAAGAUAUAGAGCAGCAGCCGGCAGGCCAGGAAGGAUUUUUUCAGAAAAAGAUUGCAGAAUAUAACGAGAAAAUGAAGAAGAAGAAGAAGAAACACUAGAAUGAACGAUCUUUGCAUUCAUCUCUUUGACUGACCCGCCCAGUGACUGAGAGCGACUCUCUCUGUGUGUGUGUGUGUGGAGAAAUCUAUACCAAGGACUGACUUCUAUUCGGUGAACCGGGAGAAGCUGUUGUAAAUGUUGCUGUUUGUCUGUGUGUUCGUGCUUUCAGAUAGGAACUGCUUGUAAAUCGCUGCCCAAGAGAGUAAAGAGUUUUACAUUUUC